CUGUUCCUGGGAAUAUGCUUCACGGCCAGCAGUUUACCUUUCUACCUUCUUUGGCAUCGGUGCCGCUCCACACAAUAACAACCACAUGUACAGGACAGAAAUUGUGGAACGGCGCUGUAGUACGGAUACAAUGAAGUGGCAGUGGACUAGAUCAAGACCAAGAUCUAGAUAUUUUAUUGAAGUCUCACCCAUAAAAAAGAUAAACACAUUAAGAACAAUAAAACAUGGCAGUUCUAUAUAGAACUAUGUGACUGAACAUCCCCUAAAAUAUAAAUGAAAACACUUUUCAUAAAUAAAAUUUCUUCUUUUAUUCUUUUUUUAUUUUUAUUUUUUUAUUUUUUAUUUUUUAGGAAAUAUGAGGCUUCAAUUUGUCAAAAAGUAUUAUUUGGGCUUUUUAUUGUUGAAAUCAGGUGUACGUGUUUUUAUACGAGAUAAUUACAUGCAUUUAAUAUUAUUUUGCCUCGUUCAGAUUAAAAGAAAUAGGGCAAAAACAUGUACCUGUAGCACCUGGAAGUUAUGUGUUAAAACCCCAUGUCCCUCGCAUAAUAAAUCUAAAGCAAUUUCAGCUUCUGAUUGCAGCAGAGGUGAUCAGUUCUUUUCUCCUCCAGAUGGCGCUAGUGUACGGUCUGGUUUGAAAACUUACAAACACUGCUCAGAUCAGGGAAUUAUAUCCGAUAUAAUUCCCUGCUCAGAUGGGGCGGAGAAGUGGACCAUAUACGGAAUGCCUGUGACCUACAUGUCAUUUGUAGAAGCAUGUGUGUUGGUGGAGUUAUCCUGAUGGCGUUGACUGAGAAAGGGACAGAAGGGCUGUUAUUACCUGGGGCUGUAUUUCAUUUAAUGGGAGGCUACCAGUUGGCUAUAACUGACGUCCAGGUUGCGGUAUUAUUUCCGAAGCUAAAAGCGACACUCAUCUGCUUGAUUUCUGGUGCCAUAGACGUUAGCGGUUUUGUCCCUAUUUUGCUGAAGAUGGCGUACCAGGCAGGAGUGUCGUACAAGAUGUGCAUGUUCACAUUUGCCGGUAUCAUACUUCUAAUAUCUUCUGUGAACACAAUCACCCUUCCACCUAGACAGGAUGACGACGGGAACGACAUUGACGCUGCUUGUUGUCUAAAGAUUCUCAAAAGGCACAGAUCCGCCGAAGUCUCUUCCAGACCUAGCACGGAGGCAAGCUUUCCUCUUAUUCAUCAAGGAGGGUUUCUCUGUCACCAAGUAGAUGGGGACGCAAUCCUGGAGAAAGCCCAUGACAAAAAUAACCAUCAUGCUGUAAGCAUUAACACCAGUGAUCAACAAGUGAAAAAUGGCGAACACAGAAAAACGAGUAUUGAUCAAAGUGACCUGAUGGUCCGCGAAGAAGAAAACCCUGACAGCAAAGAUGUCGACGACAACACUAACACCAGUUUACUGCAUGGAACGCUACUGCUCAUCAAAAGGCCAACAUUUUGGUUGCUCCUGUUCUGGUUUAUAUGCCAGGAUACCAUCAUUGUCACUUACCAAGGUUGUUUUUACGCGAUCAUCAAUUACUACGGAAACAAUGUCAAAAGUACAGUUAGUAUGUACACGGACGUUUAUUCCUGGUUUCAAGUGGUUUCUCUGUUCUGGGCCUUACCUACUGGUUUGAUGCUAGACAAACUAAUUGCCAGUUCAACAAAAGAAGACAAAGAGCGAUGCUUCAUGGUUCCACUAUCCCUGGCGAUUUUUGUUGGCAUCGUAGUAUCCAUUGCGUGCAUUAUCCCAGUUAUUGAGAUGCACUUUGUGGCUAUUUUCUUUCAUUCUGUAUUGAAAACCGGGAGUUACGCUGUGCAUAUGGCCUUCGUUGCAUCUGUGUAA